UGGAGAGAGCGAGCGGCGGCCAGCUCACCCGGCUGCCCCGUGCCCCAGCCGCCGCCGCCGCGCUCCCGAGCUCAGACUCAAGCCGGACCUCCCCAGGCGCCGUGCCCCAGUGCGCUCGUCCUCAGGUCCCCGACCCGGCCCACGCACUGGGCUGCGGGCCACCGGGGCCAGGAGGCGCUCGGCACCUGGGCACUCCGAGCGAUGCGCAGCGGGGCAGCGCCGGCCCCGCGGAUGGAGCUGCUGCUGCCGCCGCCGCCGCCGCCGCCGCCCGGCGCGCCCCGCUCCGCCCGCGCCCCGUGCGCCUGAGCGCCGAGCUCGCUCCUCCUCCGCGCCAACUCCGCCGCCGGCUCCCCAGGCCGCUCGGGCCCCGCGCGCGCUUCCCCAGGCUCCACGCGUCUUGCCCCGCCGAGGCAGCCUCCUCCAGGCGCGGGCCCCUGCACACCAUGGCCACCGGGUGGACAGGAGCCGGCGCCGCCGUGCGCGCCCGCCUGGCGCUGGCCUUUGCGCUGGCGAGCGUCCUGAGCGGGCCCCCAGCCGCCGCCUGCCCCACCAAGUGUACCUGCUCCGCCGCCAGCGUGGACUGCCACGGGCUGGGCCUCCGGGCGGUUCCCCGGGGCAUACCCCGCAACGCCGAGCGCCUUGACCUGGACAGAAAUAAUAUUACCAGGAUUACCAAGAUGGACUUCGCUGGACUCAAGAACCUCCGGGUCUUGCAUCUGGAAGACAACCAGGUCAGCAUCAUCGAGAGAGGCGCCUUCCAGGAUCUGAAGCAGCUGGAGCGAUUGCGCCUGAACAAGAAUAAGCUCCAGGUCCUUCCGGAAUUGCUUUUCCAGAAUACACCAAAGCUCACCAGACUAGAUCUGAGCGAAAACCAGAUCCUAGGGAUCCCGAGGAAGGCAUUCCGUGGCAUCACCAACGUGAAGAACUUGCAACUGGACAACAACCACAUCAGCUGCAUUGAAGAUGGAGCCUUCCGAGCGCUGCGCGAUUUGGAGAUCCUCACACUCAACAACAACAACAUCAGCCGCAUCCUGGUCACUAGCUUCAACCACAUGCCGAAGAUUCGAACGCUGCGCCUCCACUCCAACCACCUGUACUGUGACUGCCACCUGGCCUGGCUCUCAGAUUGGCUGCGACAGCGACGGACAAUUGGCCAGUUCACACUCUGUAUGGCUCCUGUGCACCUGAGGGGCUUCAAUGUGGCAGAUGUGCAGAAAAAGGAGUAUAUAUGCCCAGGACCCCACUCAGAACCUCCGUCCUGCAAUGCCAACUCCAUCUCCUGUCCCUCGGCCUGCACAUGCAGCAAUAACGUCGUGGACUGUCGAGGGAAGGGCUUGACGGAGAUCCCUGCCAACUUGCCAGAGGGCAUCGUCGAAAUACGCCUGGAACAGAACUCCAUCAAAUCCAUCCCUGCUGGAGCCUUCACCCAGUACAAGAAACUGAAGCGAAUAGACAUCAGCAAGAAUCAGAUAUCGGACAUUGCUCCAGAUGCCUUCCAGGGUCUGAAAUCACUCACGUCGCUGGUGCUGUAUGGAAACAAGAUCACCGAGAUUGCCAAGGGACUGUUUGAUGGGCUGGUAUCCCUACAGCUGCUCCUCCUCAAUGCCAACAAGAUCAACUGCCUGCGAGUGAACACGUUUCAGGACCUACAGAACCUCAAUCUGCUCUCCCUGUAUGACAACAAGCUGCAGACCAUCAGCAAGGGACUCUUUGCCCCUCUGCAGGCCAUCCAGACCCUCCACUUAGCCCAAAACCCAUUUGUGUGCGACUGCCACUUGAAGUGGCUGGCCGAUUACCUGCAGGACAACCCCAUCGAGACGAGCGGGGCCCGCUGCAGCAGCCCGCGCCGGCUGGCCAACAAACGCAUCAGCCAGAUCAAGAGCAAGAAGUUCCGCUGCUCAGGCUCAGAGGAUUACCGCAGCAGGUUCAGCAGCGAGUGCUUCAUGGACCUUGUGUGCCCCGAGAAGUGCCGCUGUGAGGGCACCAUUGUGGACUGCUCCAACCAGAAGCUGGCCCGCAUCCCAAGCCACCUCCCUGAAUACGUCACUGAUCUGCGACUGAACGACAAUGACAUAUCUGUCCUAGAGGCCACUGGGAUCUUCAAGAAGUUGCCCAACCUGCGGAAAAUAAACCUGAGCAACAAUAAGAUCAAGGAGGUGAGAGAGGGUGCCUUUGAUGGAGCGGCAAACGUGCAGGAGCUGAUGCUGACCGGGAACCAGCUGGAAACGGUGCAUGGGCGCAUGUUCCGCGGCCUCAGCAGCCUCAAGACCUUGAUGCUGAGGAGUAACCUGAUCAACUGUGUCAGCAAUGACACCUUUGCUGGCCUGAGUUCAGUGAGGCUGCUGUCCCUCUAUGACAAUCGGAUCACCACCAUCACCCCUGGAGCCUUCACCACACUUGUCUCCCUAUCCACCAUAAACCUCCUGUCCAACCCCUUCAACUGCAACUGCCACCUGGCCUGGCUGGGCAAGUGGCUGAGGAAGAGGCGGAUCGUAAGCGGGAACCCCCGGUGCCAAAAGCCUUUCUUCCUCAAGGAGAUACCCAUCCAGGAUGUGGCCAUCCAGGACUUCACCUGUGAAGGCAAUGACGAGAGUAGCUGCCAGCUGGGCCCACUCUGCCCGGAGCAGUGCACCUGCGUGGAGACAGUGGUGCGGUGCAGCGACAGGGGGCUACACACCCUACCCAGAGGCAUCCCCAAGGAUGUGACUGAACUGUACCUGGAAGGAAACCACUUAACAGCCGUGCCCAGGGAGCUGUCCGCCCUCCCACACCUGACACUUAUUGACCUGAGCAACAACAGCAUUGGUGUGCUGACCAAUUACACCUUCAGUAACAUGUCUCACCUGUCCACCCUGAUCCUGAGCUACAACCGGCUGCGGUGCAUCCCCAUCCACGCCUUCAACGGGCUGCGGUCUCUCCGAGUGCUAACCCUCCAUGGCAACGACAUUUCCAGCGUUCCCGAAGGCUCCUUCAGUGACCUGACAUCUCUUUCCCAUCUGGCGCUGGGAACCAAUCCACUCCACUGUGACUGCAGUCUGCGCUGGCUGUCAGAGUGGGUGAAGGCGGGGUACAAGGAGCCUGGCAUCGCCCGUUGCAGUAGCCCUGAGUCCAUGGCUGACAGACUCCUGCUCACCACCCCCACCCACCGAUUCCAGUGCAAAGGGCCAGUGGACAUCAACAUUGUGGCCAAGUGCAAUGCCUGCCUCUCAGACCCGUGCAAGAACAAUGGGACGUGCAGCCAGGAUCCUGUGGAGCUCUACCACUGCACCUGCCCCUAUGGCUACAAGGGCAAAGACUGCGCUAUGCCCAUCAACACCUGCAUCCAGAACCCCUGUCAGCACGGAGGCACCUGCCACCUGAGCGAAAGCCACAAGGAUGGGUUCAGCUGCUCCUGCCCUCUGGGCUUUGAGGGGCAGCGGUGUGAGAUCAAUCCAGAUGAUUGCGAGGACAACGACUGUGAGAACAAUGCCACCUGUGUGGAUGGGGUCAACAACUACGUGUGCGUCUGCCCUCCUAACUACACAGGUGAGCUGUGCGACGAAGUGAUUGACCACUGUGUGCCCGGGAUGAACCUCUGUCAGCAUGAGGCCAAGUGCAUCUCCCUGGACAAAGGAUUCAGGUGUGAAUGUCCCCCUGGCUACAGCGGGAAGCUCUGCGAGGUGGACAAUGAUGACUGCGUGAACCACAGGUGCCGCCACGGGGCCCAGUGCGUGGAUGCAGUCAACAGCUACACAUGCAUCUGCCCCCAGGGCUUCAGCGGGCUCCUCUGUGAGCAACCCCCACCCAUGGUCCUGCUUCAGACCAGUCCCUGUGACCAGUAUGAGUGCCAGAACGGGGCCCAGUGCAUCGUGGUACAGCAGGAGCCGACCUGUCGCUGCCCCCCAGGCUUCGCCGGCCCGAGGUGCGAGAAACUCAUCACUGUCAACUUUGUGGGCAAAGACUCCUACGUGGAACUAGCCUCCGCCAAGGUCCGGCCCCAGGCCAACAUCUCCCUGCAGGUGGCCACUGACAAGGACAACGGCAUCCUUCUGUACAAGGGAGACAAUGACCCCCUCGCGCUGGAGCUGUACCAGGGCCACGUGAGGCUCGUCUAUGACAGUCUGAGCUCCCCACCAACCACAGUGUACAGUGUGGAGACAGUGAAUGACGGACAGUUUCACAGUGUGGAGCUGGUGAUGCUAAAUCAGACCCUGAACUUGGUGGUGGAUAAAGGAGCCCCGAAGAGCCUGGGAAAGCUCCAGAAGCAGCCGGCAGUAGGCAUCAACAGCCCCCUCUACCUCGGAGGCAUCCCCACCUCUACGGGCCUCUCAGCCCUGCGCCAGGGCACGGACCGGCCGCUGGGCGGCUUCCAUGGCUGCAUCCACGAGGUGCGCAUCAACAACGAGUUGCAAGACUUCAAGGCCCUCCCACCGCAGUCCCUGGGGGUCUCACCAGGCUGCAAGUCCUGCACCGUGUGCAAGCACGGCCUGUGUCGCUCCGUGGAGAAGGACAGCGUGGUGUGCGAGUGCCACUCGGGCUGGACCGGCCCGCUGUGCGACCAGGAGGCCCGCGACCCCUGCCUGGGCCACAGUUGCAGCCAUGGGAAAUGUGUAGCAACCGGGACCUCGUAUGUGUGCAAGUGUGCAGAGGGCUACGGGGGGCCCACGUGUGACCACAAGAACGACUCCACCAACGCCUGCUUGGCCUUCAAGUGUCACCAGGGGCAGUGCCACAUCUCAGAUCGAGGGGAACCCUACUGUCUGUGCCAGCCUGGCUUUAGUGGGGAGCACUGCGAGCAAGAGAGCCUGUGCCUGGGGGAGGUAGUCCGAGAGGUGAUCCGCCGCCAGAAAGGCUAUGCGUCUUGCGCCACAGCCUCCAAAGUGCCCGUGAUGGAGUGUCGUGGGGGCUGUGGGCUGCAGUGCUGCCGGCCCACCCGCAGCAAGCGGCGGAAAUACGUCUUCCAGUGCACAGACGGCUCCUCGUUUGUGGAAGAGGUGGAGAGACACUUGGAGUGUGGCUGCCGCGCGUGUUCCUAAGGCCCUCUGCCCCCCACCUCUCAGACUCCAGCUUCGUGGGGCUGCGACAGCCACGUGGGACCCCCUCGAGACUCGAGGUGAAGAAGCGGGCGCUGGAGAGGAAGCAGAAGAGAAUAUUAAGUAUAUUGUAAAAUAAACAAAAAAUAGAACUUAUUUUUAUUAUGGAAAGUGACUAUUUUCAUCUUUUAUUAUAUAAAUAUAUCACACCGUCUGAGUAUAUGUACCAUAUAGUGAGUUAUUUUUACCAAGUCUUGUGUUGUGUAUUUGUCGUGUUUUUAUAAACCGCUGUUAAAAAUUUUAAGAAAAAAAAAGACUAAUAAAAAUGUUUUAAAACAAAA